ACGAACCCGGCCACCCGAGUUCGAUUCCCGCUCACGGCCACCAACACCCAGUGACAAUGAUCUGCACCGGUCCUGGGCCUCCCCUCCCCGACUCGGCCUCGAACGAGGUAGCUGAUGCGGUGUGAUAAACAUCGCCACUGGGGGAGACAAAGGCGGCCGGGCGUGGUGCUGGCUACCUUCCCCCUCGUGCGCCGUGUUGGCCUUCGUAGGCGCUCGCCAACAGCACUUGCCCCACCAGGCUGUUACAGGCCACACGGGGGAUCUUUGUCUUUGUGUUCGUCUCGCUGCUGCGUGCGCCCGCGGCGAGUGAAGUUCAAUUGCACGUGACGUCACGCGCUGGCGAUCUUUGUCUUUGCAUAAACCACGAAGAGCCGAAGGUUCCUUGCCCGCUGGCAGCCCCCGUGCAGGCUUCACAGAGCGCGUCUGUGAGCGAGGGGCGAUCUACGAAGGCCGGAAUGCAAACACCACGGUGGUUGUUGUUGGUGGUGGUGGUGUCGGUGUGUCCAGCAUCCCACCGCGCCAGCCGCCUUUGUCUCCCCGGCGUGCGAUGUUUACACAGCAGACGCCAAGCGUCUGGCAGGUCACCCCCAAACCCUCUCCUGCUCUCAUCGCUGCUGCCACCUGCAAUCAUUGACAGCUCAGAGGCAAGAGGAACCGAUUGGUGCCAAGGGAAUAGUACCGUUGAAUAGGAAGAUUAGUUCAGAGUGAGAGGGGGUCUAUCACAAGCACCCGUAGGGAGCCAAAGAGCCACGUGGUACACCCAUCAUCACACCCCCUUUAUAUACCCUCUGCCCCCCACAGAUCUUAUUAAUUCCUUCUUUCCCGCCAAAUAUAUCGCAUCCAGUCCUCUGCUAAUCCCCUUCUCGGCCACGUUUCCCCACCUCCUUUAUUUAAUUAAUUUGGAGUGCGUCUCCGUGUCCUCGCCUAACCCCAAACGUGUCCAACAACACGACCCUUGCGAUAGUUACCCGAGCUAUCAGUGAUCGCCAAUUGAGAAAUCGGGGCAUUAGUUUAACGCUGCUGUCGAAUGAUUCGUACCCAGUAAAGAGUAUUGCACAAGGAGAAUCACAGUACUCAGCGAUUCUGUGUUCAGUGAUUAGCGUUGAACAAGAACGAUCGAGUCGCGAGUGACGAGUGAUUUUCACCCAGUAAGCAGAGUCCAACGCGGAUGCUCGUCCACAGCUACUAGCGCUACAGGAGUGAAGACCGAAUAGGGACAUUGCUCAAAUAAUACUGAGUAAUUAGUAGCAAGUGGAUCGCACGGAACAGUCGAGCGAUUGGUACUCCAGCGCCGCGCCGCGUCAACCUAGCGGCGGUGGGGGACCGCGAGAGCAAUGGCCGACACGAACGCCUCCUUCUCUGCGGGGCCGCCGCUCGGCGCCAAGCUGGAGCCCCAACAACAACCCCCACCAGCGGCGGCGGCGGAAGUGGCGAGGGGGGAGGAGGAGGGAGGAAGCAGCGGCGGCCCUCCCAGGCCGGCCCCGGCGGAGCUACCGCCGCCGGAGCCGGCUCAGACCCUGGUGUUCGUGGAUGCUGAGACGACGGGGUUGCCCGAGAGCCGGCCCCGCGCCACCGAGCUCUGCUUCAUCGCCGUGGACCGCCGCGGCCUGAGCGUCGCGACGAGGACCGACGAGGGCGUGCCGCUGCCUCCUCGCGUCCACGACAAGCUCACAUUUUGCAUGGAGCCCAACAAGGUGGUUGACGCAGAAGCCGGGAGACUCACCGGGCUGACCAACGACAUCCUGGCGCAGAACCGGCGGCGCCCGUUCGACGCUCGCGCGGCACGGCUCGUCCUCGACUUCCUGGCCCGGCAGGCGCCGCCCGUGUGCCUUGUGGCACACAACGGCAUCCAGUUUGACUUCCCGCUGCUCAAGGAUGAGCUGUCGAGCGUGGGGGAGACGCUGCCGCCCGGCACGCUGUGCGCCGACACGCUGCCCGCCAUGCGCCAGAUCAUGGCUCACAACUCCCCGUGGCCGACCCCCGAGUUGGCGCAGCCGCCCCCCGGCGAGCACAGCCGCAAGCGCAAGCUCCUGGCCCGGGGUCGCGGCCGGGGUCGUGGCCGGGGCUACGCGAACGACUACGGCUACGAGGACCCCAACUCGCACAGGAAGGUGGCGUUCGGCAAAAAGAACAAAUUCCGUCUGGGAGACAUCUACGUGCAGUUCUUUGGCCAUGAGCCGCCGGUGGGCUUGCACAACGCAGAGACCGACACGAUGGCGCUGCUGUCGAUAGCGCAGCACUGCGCGCCGCAGCUCCUCGCCUGGAUGGACCAGAAUGCUCGCCCCAUCGCUGACGUGCAGCCCCUAUACCAGCCGGCGCCCCCCAAGGACGGCGCCAAGAAGGAGGAGGGUGAGGAGGACGAUGACGUCAUCGUCCUCCUGUGAGCCGUGUCUGUGGGGCCGCCCUCUGUCGCUCCACCUUCGUCGUUUUGGCGGAGUUUUUUUUAUGUACAUCUGCCCUCAUCCACCAGUGGAUCGGAGGGGAAAAAAAGGUCUCUGCGCAUGUAACUAAGCUUCUCACGGUUACGUGCAACCCACCUUUGCCAAGCUGUGCUUGACCGGAGUGGUGAGGUACGGUAAAAAGAACAGCCCACGACCGUUCAUGGCGUGGGGGAGGCCCUCAUCCAGCAGUGGAUUGACAAAAACGGCGGCACGUGGUUUUUGUGCAGUUCAGAGGCCACGUGGGUCGUUAGUCAUCGUCACCAUCAUCAUCUAUGAUCAGUCCACUGCUGGUUGAAGGCCUCCCCAAGCCGUCUCCAUCUGUCACACGAGUGCGAUGGCUGUUCAUCGAUUGCUCGAUAAUUGUUUGCAGAAUCGAGUGACUCAAAUCAUCGGAAAGCCCCGAUUAUAAUCACAGCCACAGGGUGGGUGGCUCAGUGGCAGUCCGAGCGGCUCGCAGCCCGAAGAUAAAAGUGAGCACCACUCUGGGGAAGUUAACAACGGUUGUCCUGUGGAGGGACUGACCCCCUCCAUAGGAAUGUGGAAUUUCCACCGCUCGCUUCGCAGAGCUGUAAACACGAUGAAAUGAGCACCAAUGCCUCGUUGCUCACUGAAGCAGAAGAUCACUCUGAAACCAUCACCACGGUCCUCCUUCUCAGCCAAAACGUCCCACUUACUGCUGGUUCGUCAACAACAUUGCCUUAAAAUAUAUAUAUAUAUAUAUAACAGGUGACGUUUCAGGCUAUGGCCCUUUUCAUGGCACAUUACUGUUGGGGUCAGCUGCUCGGAUUAGCUUUCUCCACGUGCUUGUAUUACAUGGCCCUUCUCCAGUUACAUCCACUACUACUACCCUUGCAUAGAGAUCCAUAGACUUACAUAGAGACCCAAACACUUUCAUAGAGUUAUACAGAGAUCCAUAGACUUACAUAGAGACCGAAACACUUAAGUAGACUUAUACAGAGAUCCAUAGACUUGCAUAGAGACCCAAACACUUUCAUAGAGUUAUACAGAGAUCCAUAGACUUCCAUAGAGACCCAAAUACUUACAUAGACUUAUAAAGAGAUCCACAGACUUAGAGACUCAAACACCUACAUAUAAUUACAUGGAGACACAUAGACCACCAUAGAGACCCGUAAACUUACCAUUUAUUGUAGGCAGUAGUUUCCUACAGUUUUUAAACGUUUUGAAUCUGCAUAUCACUUCAAUAGCAAGCAGAACAGCUCUUGUUAUGUAUUUUAGAACUGUACUGUCAAAUGAGUUGUUUUUUACUAGACUCGUAUUGUAGGUAAACAUUAUGUCGUUUACGAUAAUGGCAUUCGUGCGUAGCGUUUUCCUUUAAUAGUGGCGUUCACAACGCGUGUAAUCAUCUACUGGUGUAACGAUCGUGGUCUUAACUUGAAUAGAAAACGCCUAUUACCGUUUUUUUUGGAUUAUAAGAUGCACCUUUUGUUGCGUCUUGUAAUCCGGCAGGUGUGUGUGUGCGAGUGUGCGAGUGUGUGUGUGUACGAGCGUGCGUGGCAAGUGCACUCUCCACAUGCUAACCACAGUGGCACCGCUCCCCGUGAGCGGUGGCGCAGUGGUCACCGCACUGCGCUAUGGACCCAGCGUCCCGAUUUCGAUUGCCGCUCACACCCAUUAACAGUGGUGACUAUUUUAACUGGUCCUGGGCCUCCCCGAGGUCGAUUCGGCCUUAAAUAAGUACCUGGUGCUGCGUGUAAGCAUCAGCACUUGGUAGACAAAGGUGGCCGGAUAUGGUGCUAGCCACCCAAUAGGUGCUAUUCGCUACCAGCACUUGCCCCAAAAGGUCUAUUAGGGAUAUCAGGGGGAUUUGGUCUUGUGUGACCAGUGCACUCCCCAUGUGCUGCUCUACGAACCUGGUGACCCGAGUUCGAUUCCCAACUCACUACCAAUAACAGUGGUGAAUAUUUAAACCAAUCCUGGGCAUCCCCUAGGACGACUCAGCCUUAAACGAGUACCUGGUGCGGUGUGUAAACAUCAGCACUGGGGAGAUAAAGCCGGCCGGGCGUGGUGUAUUCGCCACACCACUUCCUCGUGUGCCACAGUGCCGCCCUUCAUAGGUGCUGCUGCUACUCGAGAACAGCACAUGCCCCAGCAAUCUGUUGAAGGCUACACGGGGGAUCUCUGUGUGACCAGAGUCGUACGCCUUUUUACUGGCACCGGGCAUGCAUUCGGGGGUGCGUCUUACUUUCCGGAGCGUCUUAUAAUCCGGAGAAUUCUGGUUAUACUUACGUUUCAGUUUUACCUUUGACAAGCACACUUUUACAAAAUGCCUACAACGUAGCGCUAUUUCGUUUUUUUUUAAAGCAGCUUACACUCAAAUAUGGAUUGUUUAAACGAAAAUGGUGCUGAUCAUAUGUCGCAUUAUUCCAUAAAGUAAGACAAAAAUAUUUUUUAAACAAGAGAUUGAUGAUUUUUAAAUCGGUACUAUUUUUGACAGACCGAUGUACACACACACACACACCCGUAAAUAUAUGUAAUGGAUUUUUAAUCACAAUGUAAUUGUGAUUUAGCCGUGCUUUUGCUGUCUAAUUGUACGUCAGUUGAAAAAAAACCCAUAUGAGUCAUGAUGCUUAAAAUAUUGCCCAAACGACACCCGGCUCUUACGUGGUAGCGACAGGCUGUAGCACGAACAUGGCACACACUCAGCGUGCGUGUGUGGUCGAAGUGGCGUUUGCGUUCCCUCGGAUUGGUCUCUCCUCUCGAGUUUGUUGCUUCUGAUGUGAAAGUCAACCGCUGAGAAUCUCACUCUGCGCUGUUCACAUUCAGCGGCUGCUCAGGUUCCCCUCCUCGUCUUCUCUGCCUGCGGCUGUGCCUCGACCCCAGCGGUUCUCAGCCUCGGGGGGUACACAGACCCCUAGGGGUACACGUGGCAAUUUCCCAGGGGGUUACGUGAGGUGAUUUAUAAACGUGCAAAAUUAUACCAUACGUGAGGGUCACUGGUGAAUAAUCACGUUGUAUGAAUCUGUCAAUAUAAAUAACUGCGAUAAAAUGUAACCGUAUGGUAACCUAGAACGAUAUAAAAGACCUUUGUAAACUCAUUGAUCGUAAUGUUGCUUUACGAGAGUAACCAGCGAGCACGAUCAAAUUACGUCAUGCGUGCAGAACGUCCGUUACCAGGUUGUUAGGGAUACCUCACAAAAUGGACAUUUGGUCAAAAUAUUGAUGUUUAUUAUUCAUACAUUUAUUUCUCAGAACCACAGUGGGUCAGGCAAUGGAGGUACUCGGUUGAAACAAAAUUCAACGAGGGGGGUAGCACAGUAGCCAACCAAGGUUGAAAACCACUGCUCUAUACUCUGUGCAUCGACUGUGAUGCACGUCUCAUUCUUCUUGUUCUAUACUCCUCCACUGUCCCACUUCUGUUGUAAUGUGCACUGAUGCCUACUUUAUUGAGGGGGGGGGGAGGUGCGAUAUUGGCACUUAAAAUAUAAAAAAAACAUUUUAUCAAUUCAUUUAAUUCUUGGUACGUGCCCAGUGAAUGCCUGAGAUGUUCUCUCCAAACUCACGAUGGCUUCAGUUUUAAUGGGCGAAUGGAUGAAACCAGGAGGCCGUGACCUUGACGGGAACAAACUUUGAGUGGCGCACUCGAGUAUAUCGGGCAACCGCGGAACGUCGUGAGCCAAGGUCGGCCCAGCGGUUCCAACCACACGCCAACGCCGUGGGCCAAUAGCACGUUUAUCUUUGGGAGCUGCAGUGCCAGAGGUUUGUUUCAAGAACCCGAUUUUUUUUAUCGCUUUUGCCGCCUAGUUUUUUGAUCAUUACUAUAUAUUGUUUGUUCGUAUCGUUCGUUCUGUAUUCUUGUUCAAUCCAUUCGCCUAAAUACGUAACUUUAGCAUGUCGACUAAUUUCUUAAAUAUUGUCCGCGUCGCUGAUAGCCUGCGGUACACGUGCGGCACGUGACAAGCUAGUUACAUGACUGAGGAGCAGUUACCACAACCAAAAUGAGAGCAAGUAUGGAGAAUGUGGCGUGCCAGGUGUGAAAAUAUCUAUUCUGGGUCGCUAACACAGACAAGACUCGAUCUGUUUACACGUAAUUGGUAAUCAAUUCUUACCCUCGCAUAUGCAAGUAUCAUGAGCAUAGGAAUCCAUUUCAAUUGCCUGGCCGCUGUGUUGUUGUCGUCGUCGUCUGCCUGCCCAUCUCGUGGUGACCGAGCGGCACCAGACGGAGGUCUGUGGUGCCAUUCACUCGCUCACCGCCAGUCAGUCACCAAAUUAACAGAGGGUUUUUUUUUGGGUUAGAUCGCGUAAAUAUAAAUGUGUCAUUAAACCCACCACCAGCCAAAUAGGUUUGUCACGUAAACAAAACAUUCCAAUUAGCUACUAGUUCACUCUUAAGGAUUAAUCGCCUUAUACCUCGUUCAUCGCUACCAUGGUGACCGUUCCCAUGAACUUCACUCAUUUAUUCCUCCACCUGCGUUGAGGACUCGGUUCUAUAAGACUGACUGCUUCGUAUCAUCCACACUGUGGUCCAACCAUCAGACUGCAGGUCAAAACAACACCUUCACACCCACCCACUGACCAGACUGCAGGUCACAACACUUCCCUCGCACUGCUCCGCUCUGGAAUACCUUCCCAUCAUCUCCAAUCGCGAGUUCGUAUCACCUUUAACCGUUCUAGAAAAGUAUUAACUCUUCCAUUUUAAUAACUCAAAGUGCCGUUUUUUUGCUGGAGUUUUUUUGGGCCUGUUCUCAGCAAAUGUGAUUUUAAAAUAUACACGCCGAUCUAUUCUGGAUCCGUUCCCUGUGAUGGUGCGUGACUGGCCACUGUGGGCCAAUUCUGGGAAGAAAUGUAUUAAUUAAAAAAAACACGGCUCCCGUCAGAACACAGAGCUCCCAACAUCCACUCGGCUGCGACGAGGUGGCGGGGAGAUAGUGGUAAAGCAAGCGUUUGUGAAGCCAUCUGUGCAUAGCUUCGAGUGCCUCCCAGUAUUUUUGCACGGUGGGUUUCCUCUCCGGGGUUCCUCGCACGUGAAGCCAAACUCUCGUUACUUAACGGGAUUGGUCAAACGUCACAAUGUGGCAAGACCCUCGUGACUCAAGUGAGGCUUCUCUGGAUGUAAACAAAUGAAGAGAAUCAAGAAAUACAUGAAAUGAUGACGUUCCUACAAAUCAAAGCAAAUUAAUUCCUGCAGAGAGUCGGGAGUUGUAGUCUCACGUAACGGUUUUUGUUUUAACCAUCGUUUUAACAAGCUGCAGUAGAAGCACAAAGAAUUAAGUGCAUUAUUAGUUGACGUAGCGUGCAGUAAUGCUUGCCACUUGCCGUGUUACAUGUGCAGUAUUUUUAACGUGCUGUAUUCGAAUGUACUAUACUUUUUAAUUAACCUUUUUUUUCUCCGUAUUACGAGAAUAAAUUACACUAACAGAU